UCCCUAGUACACACCCAGGAACACAAACACUAAACUGUGUUGUGUGAUUGGGAUUUCAUUUCCAUUCAUUUCAUUCCUUCAAACAACAACAAUAAACAAUGUCAUUUUCAGCGUUUAGAUACGUUGUUAUCUCUAAUUUCACUCCAAACCCUAAUUUCAUUGGUUUAUUCCCCUCUUCAAUAAGGCUUUUCUCACAAUUACAUCACAAACAAGAUGAAGAAAACAAUCUCAUAUCCUCAUUCAAUCACUUGCUUCUUCACAAGAAUCCUACCCCACCCACCUUUCAAUUUAACAAGAUUUUAUCUUCCCUUGUAAAAGCUAAGCAUCACUCCACUGCUCUUUCACUUCAUCAACAAAUGGAAUUAAAUGGAAUUGAGUCAGAUUUCUUCACUUUCAACAUCCUCAUCAAUUGCUUUUCUCAAUUGGGUCUAAACUCUCUUUCUUUUUCUAUAUUCGCCAAGAUUCUCAAAAAGGGUUAUCACCCAACUGCCAUAACAUUCAAUACACUCAUCAAGGGUCUCUGUCUCAAAGGUCACAUCCAUCAAGCAUUGCACUUUCAUGAUAAGGUGGUAGCACAGGGAUUUCAUUUGGACCAAGUUAGCUAUGGGACCUUGAUUAACGGAUUAUGUAAAGUUGGACGAAUAACAGCUGCUCUCCAAUUGCUGAAACGAGUUGAUGGGAAAUUAGUUCAGCCUAAUGCGGUAAUGUACAACAUGAUUAUUGAUAAUAUGUGCAAAGCUAAGCUUGUUAAUGAUGCUUUUGAUUUAUAUUCUCAAAUGGUUGCUAAGAGAAUUUGCCCUGAUGUUUUCACUUACAAUGCUUUAAUUAGUGGUUUUUCCGCUGUUUCUAAAUUGAACUAUGCAAUUGAUUUGUUCAAUAAAAUGAAAAAGGAAAACAUCAACCCAAAUGUGUAUACCUUUAAUAUACUGGUUGAUGGCUUUUGUAAGGAAGGAAAGGUGAAUGAUGCUAAAGUAGUGUUAGCUAUAAUGAUGAAAGACGACAUAAAACCUGAUGUUGUUACUUAUAACUCUUUAAUGGAUGGAUAUUGUUCGAUAAACAAAGUGAACAAGGCCAAGGAUAUAUUUGAUAGUAUGGCCUCAGGGGGAGUCAUUGCUAAUGUUCAGAUCUAUACUACCAUGGUUAAUGGAUUUUGUAAGAUUAAAAUGGUGGAUGAAGCCAUAAAUCUCUUUGAAGAAAUGCGUUGUAGAAAAAUUAUUCCUAAUGUGGUAACUUACAGUUCCCUUAUUGAUGGUUUGUGUAAAUUGGGGAGAAUCUUUUAUGCUUUGAAGCUAGUCGAUGAGAUGCAUGAUAGAGGUCAGCCACCUAAUAUAGUUACUUACAGUUCUAUAUUGGAUGCUUUAUGCAAAAACCAUCAUGUUGACAAGGCAAUUGCAUUAUUAACAAAUUUGAAAGACCAGGGUAUUCGACCAGAUAUGUACACAUACACCAUUCUUAUCAAGGGACUGUGCCAAAGUGGAAGGCUAGAGGAUGCGCAAAACGUUUUUGAAGAUCUUUUGGUCAAAGGCUAUAAUCUAGAUGUCUAUGCAUAUACUGUUAUGAUCCAAGGGUUUUGUGACAAGGGCUUCUUUGAUAAAGCAUUGGCCUUGCUGUCAAAAAUGGAAGACAAUGGUUGCAUUCCAAAUGCUAAAACUUAUGAACUAGUUAUUCUUUCUCUGUUCGAAAAAGAUGAAAAUGACACGGCAGAGAAACUUCUUCGUGAAAUGAUUGUGAGAGGGCUACUGUAAAAUUAAAACUAGGGACUGAUAUAUAUCUAUAUUAAAAAGAUAAAGGUUGUUCGCUUUAGAUGCUGAAGCAAAGGUGUCCAUUAGAUGAAAUAUAGCCAUUAAUUGUCUAUUAGUUGUCAUGAUUGGACACAAAAACUGCGACUGGAUUGGGGAUGAACUGCAAGUACGCGUGUGACCAAGUCUUCCACCUGAACUGAACCUGCGAGUGCGGUCAAGAUACUGUGUUCUGAAAUUUGAGUUUGAUGUUUGAUUACGUGUUCUUCCAUUUGUUCAACUGAGUUCUUGAUGUUGUUGAUAUUAAUCUUGUGGUUGCAUGUAGCUUUUGUUUCGUGUUUUGACAUGAAUUAGAUUAUAUAAGCUUGUUGGUUGAGUACUUGAAUCUAUCAAUAUCAUCCCAGCCUUGGUAUAUGAAAGAGUUUCCCAAUAAAUGGAAUUGAGUUUCAUAA